AUGGCGAAUAAAAAGGCUUGGAUGAAUUAUGACGCUUUCAGGGUGUGGCUUCAAAGUGUUAACAAAGAUAUGAAUAAGAAAAAGAAGAAAAUUCUCAUCUUCAUUGAUAACUGCACGGCUCAUGGAGACAUUCCUAGGCUGAUUUCAAGAGGGUUCCCUGACACAACUCAGGAGGACAAUUCAGACCAGCCUCCUACACAAGAAAUCGACACUGCGGAGGGUUGGGAAACAGUCAAAAAAGCAUUAGAACUAGAGAAGGAUGCAGAGUUCGAGGACUUUGUUACUUUUGAUGACGACGUGGCUGUGUGA